GCGAGACGGCAGCUCGAGGCAGCUGGAGGCAGCUGGAGGCAGCUGUCGCCCUCCGGCCGCGCGAGACGCCCGCCUGACACGGACGGUGUUGAAUUCAAGUUUUCCGCGCUUCGGCUGUGAAUGGAGCUCAACAAGGCCGCGUUCCCCACAUGCUCACGGCUUGUCCUGGCAUGUCUCCUCAUCGCGCCGAGGGCAGAGCAGCGGUCCGGCGACGGGGGAGGCUGGUCGCCGAGUUCAGAUUCCACCCUGGAGGAUGAAGGUCCCUGUAACAUCGAUGUGCUGGACAGGUCUUCGCUCUCACAUCAACAGUUCAUUGAAAGAUACGCAUACAGCAGGCCAGUCAUCCUGAGAGGUCUGACCGAUAACACGAAAUUCAGGUCGUUGUGCUCCAAGUCAAGCUUACUGCAAGAAUAUGGCGACCGGCGAGUGAGGCUCAGUACAGCUAACACCUACUCUUACAGGAAAGUGGACGUCCGUUUCCAGGAGUACGUGGACGUUUUCCUGAGGCCUCAGUCCAAUGACGCCCUGGGCAGCGACACGCUGUAUUUUUUCGGAGACAACAACUUCACCGAGUGGCAGGGUCUGUUCGAGCACUACGAGUCUCCGCCGUACGUCCUGCCUCACACCAGCGGAGCGUACAGCUUCGGGAUCGCAGGCCCUGGGACCGGAGUUCCCUUUCAUUGGCACGGUCCCGGUUACUCUGAGGUCAUCUACGGAAGAAAGCGUUGGUUCCUCUACCCACCUGAUAAGGAGCCUCAUUUCCACCCGAACCACACCACCCUGUCCUGGGUGACAGAAACCUACCCCCACCUGCCCGAGGAGGAGGCUCCACUGGAGUGCACCAUCAGACCCGGAGAGGUGCUGUAUUUCCCCGACCGCUGGUGGCACGCCACUCUCAACCUGGACACCAGCGUUUUCAUCUCCACCUUCCUCGGCUGAGUGUCUCUUCAGCUCUCCGCCAUUUUAAAAGAGAGAGAAAAAAAAAAAAAAAGGAAUUCAUCGCGUCUGUUUUAUCACAGCUUGUUUUCCGGUGCAGGCCGACGGGCAGAGAAACGGACUCAAAUGUGGAUCCAACAACAAAAGACUGAAUGCGACAUUUCAGGGGAUCCACUGAGGAACUGUAAUUUUUGUGAUAAUAUUGUGGUCUGGAUGAUGCAGACGUUUAAUGUCAGGGACCAAUGGGCACCACAGUAACAUUCCAGGUGAAUCUUAUGAGGGCCAAGACUCACGUUUUCCUUUUAAAAAAAAAAAAAAAAAAAA